CUAUUACCGCGCGUCCGCGCCCACACCGUUCCGCUUGUUCCGCUAUCUUCCUCCUUCCGCUCGUGUGAGUGCCAAGUAUUUGUCCUCCGCCCCCUCCGUCUCUGCAGCACCUCCACUUUGCCCAUCCACCUCCUCUUUACCUCUAUGAAAUCCAGCUGAAGAAGAGAAUAUGGGAAAGUACAUGAGGAGGGCCAAAACCACAGGGGAUUUUGCAGUCAUGGAGGUCUCAUCCAAAUCAUCUUUUGGUGUCCGCACUCGGGCCAAAACCCUAGCUCUUCAGCGGCUCCAGAAUUCCUCGCCCUCUCCGGACGAUUCUUUCUGCUUCCUCCAGCUUAGGAGUCGGCGCCUCGAGAAGUUUCUGCCGUCGGUGAUAAAGCCUAAGGACGCCUGCAAGGAGACCGUGAGAUCGAGCGCUAAGCCUAGCCCUAAACUUACUCUGAUGGCGGAUUCCGGCUCAGUUCGUCGGAGCAGAGCAUUGGAACUGACACCUUGCUCUGGCGGCAUCAAUUUCGGCUCAGCUACCUCGCAAUCUCCGCUGGUGAAUGGUGCUGAGGUUGAGGUUGAGGUUGAGGUCUCUUGUGGGGAAAAUAUGCUCGAGGUUGAAGAAAUGAAUAGGAAAACAAGGGAAACCACACCUACCAGUCUAAUAAGGAAUUCAGAGGACAUAGGGACGCCUGUUUCUUCAACGAGACCUUCCAACUCGACAAUUAGCAACAGGAGUUCAGUUCAUAGGAACAUUCCAACCACCAGGGAGAUAGAUGAGUUUUUUAAAGGAGUAGAGCAAUCACAACAAAAAUUAUUUACAGAGAAGUACAACUUUGAUCCGGUGAAUGACUGUCCGCUCCCGGGUCGGUAUGAAUGGGUCAAGCUAGUGUAGCGAGCACUCUGCGUUCCGGCGCCUCUUUUUCACUCAAAGGAUCAUUUAGCUGUAGAACUUGAAGUAGUGAUGAUUCUUAACACCUACUUUUUUCUAUGAGUACUGCUGACUCUAAUGUUACCAAGCUGAUGAUUUAGUGCAAAAAAGGUAAAGAAACACAAGUUAACCCAAACAAUAUUGUUCUGAUAGUUAGCUUAGGAUUGUUGUUAGGGUUUUUUAGCUUGUCAAUUUUUGCCUAUGGAACGUGAUAUGGUAUCACUAUCAAGUGCAGGUGCCAUGCACCUUGUAUCUUGUGUAUAAAGCUUCUGAUUGAAACAAAAAAGUUCUGUAGUAAUAAAUUGCCCAUUCAACCUCUUUUUCCUCAA